CGGGAUUUGGCGGGGCCUUUGUCUCUCGCUGCAGCCGGAGCUCCAGGUGUCGUCUUCAGUGCUCUGUGUCCUCUGCUCCUAGAGGUCCACCUUCUGUGGCCCCGUUACCUGCAGGUAUUGGGGGAUCCACAGCUAAGACGCCAGGACUCCCUGGAAGCCUAGAAAUGGGACCACUGACAUUUAGGGAUGUGGCCAUAGAAUUCUCUCUGGAGGAGUGGCAGUGCCUGGACACUUCACAGCAGAAUUUGUAUAGGAAUGUGAUGUUAGAUAACUACAGAAACCUGGUUUUCCUGGGUAUUGCUGUCUCUAAGCCAGACCUGAUCACUUGUCUGGAGCAAGGAAAAGAGCCCUGCAAUAUGAAGAGACAUGCGAUGGUAGCCAAACCCCCAGUUGUGUGUUCUCAUUUUGCCCAAGACCUUUGGCCAAAGCAGGGCUUAAAAGAUUCUUUUCAAAAAGUGAUACUGAGAAGAUAUGGAAAAUAUGGACAUGAGAAUUUACAAUUAAGAAAAGGCUGUAAAAGUGUGGAUGAGCAUAAGAUGCACAAAACAGGUUGUAAUGGACUUAACCAAUGUUUGACAACUACCCAGAGCAAAAUAUUUCAAUGUGAUAAAUAUGUUAAAGUCCUUCAUAAAUUCUCAAAUUCAAAUAUACAUAAGAAAAGACAUACUGGAAAGAAACCUUUCAAAUGUAAAGAAUGUGGCAAAUCAUGUUGCAUACUUUCACAACUAACUCAGCAUAAGAAAACUGCUACUAGAGUAAAUUUCUACAAAUGUAAGACAUGUGGAAAAGCCUUUAACCAGUUCUCAAAUCUUACUAAACAUAAGAGAAUUGAUACUGAAGUGAAUCCCUACAAAUGCGAAGAAUGUGACAAAGCCUUUAACCAGUCCUUAACUCUUACUAAACAUAAAAAAACUCAUACUGAAGAGAAACCUUACAAAUGUGAAGAUUGUGGCAAAGUCUUUAGUGUAUUUUCAGUCCUUACUAAACAUAAGAUAAUUCAUACAGGAACAAAACCCUACAAUUGUGAAGAAUGUGGCAAAGGCUUUAGUAUAUUCUCAACCCUUACUAAACAUAAGAUAAUUCAUACUGGAGAGAAACCCUACAAAUGCAAUGAAUGUGGUAAAGCCUUUAACUGGUCCUCAACUCUUACUAAACAUAAGAGAAUUCAUACUGGAGAGAAACCCUACAAAUGUGAAGAAUGUGGCAAAGCCUUUAACCAGUCCUCAACCCUUACUAGACAUAAGAUAGUUCAUACUGGAGAGAAACCGUACAAAUGUGAAGAAUGUGGUAAAGCCUUUAAACGGUCCACAACUCUUACUAAACAUAAGAGAAUUUAUACUAAAGAGAAACCAUACAAAUGUGAAGAAUGUGGAAAAGCCUUUAGUGUAUUCUCAACUCUUACUAAACAUAAGACAAUUCAUACUGGAGCAAAACCUUACAAAUGUGAAGAAUGUGGCAGUGCCUUUAGGGCAUUCUCAACCCUUACUGAACAUAAGAGAGUUCAUACUGGAGAGAAACCUUACAAAUGUAAUGAAUGUGGCAGAGCCUUUAACUGGUCCUCAACUCUUACUAAACAUAAGAGAAUUCAUACUGGAGAGAAACCCUACAAAUGUGAAGAAUGUGGCAAAGCUUUUAACCGGUCCUCAAACCUUACUCGACAUAAGAAAAUUCAUACUGGACAGAAACCAUACAAACCUAAAAGACGUGACAGUGCUUUUGACAACAUCUCAAACUUUUCUAGACAUAAAAGAAAUCAUAUGGUGAUUUCUAUAUUGCUAAGAAGUGGCUGUCCUGCCAGGAAACUGCUAUUCUCAGCUCUACCAACAUUGACUAAUAGUGAGUGAAAGUGAUGUGGGGAUAAGAAGCAAAUGUGUCUUCUCUGCAUCUCUUUUUAAAUGUAGUCACUGAAGAAAAAGAAUGCAGAUAGUAAACAAAAUAUAAUGUGAUUCCUGAAAGAUCACGAAGAAGUCCUCUUAACCAGAAAGAAAGAAAGAAAGAAAAAAAAAGCAAGAAAAGAAAAGAAAAAGAAAGGAAAAAAGAAAACCAAAGGGGAUGGUGAUGUGAGCAGAAGAUAUGUUAUUUUUCUAAGCCUCUGAAAUUUCAGUAUACAACCUGCAUUGCUUUAACAAAUACAUAAUUCCUUCAGUUUGGAUUUUCAGGAUAUAAUUCCAUUCCCUGGUGAAUCAAAACAGAGAAGAAUAGCGUAUAUGUUAAGGUAAGAGACAUAAGGAAGACCCAUUACUUUGGACCAACAUCUCCUCCACCCCCAAUUCCAGGCAAUCAUCAUUCUACUCUCUGCUUCUAUGGUUUAAAUUUUUUGUACACUCUACAUAGAAAAUAAUAUUAUG